CCGGGCUUCAAGGUUAAUCACGUGGUACUAUAUAUCGGCCUCUUUUUGAUACCGGUUAAGAUUGGUCGGGUUGUCGAGGCAGGAUUCGCCGAUUAAAUUAAAAUAUUUGGUCAUCAGGCAGCUCAAAGAACACCAAAAUGUCUAAGGGAAGUGACGUUAGUUUUCUUGAAAACUUUGCCCUCAGUGGUGCUGCAGCCAUCAUCUCAAAGACAGCCGCUGCUCCAAUUGAGAGAAUCAAACUCCUUGUCCAGAACCAGGAUGAAAUGCUUAAGACAGGACGAUUGGACAAACCCUAUAAAGGUGUCAUCGAUUGUACCAUGAGAACCUUUCAUAACGAAGGAGUUCUGCCAUUCUGGAGAGGAAACUUGGCCAACUGUAUCCGGUAUUUCCCCACCCAGGCUUUGAACUUCGCCUUCAAAGAUCAAAUCAAGGCUUUAUUCAAGUCUAGCAAGAAUGAAGGUUAUGCUUUAAAGUUCGGCAAGAAUGUCAUGUCUGGUGGUGUUGCAGGAGCUAUGUCCCUCUGCUUUGUGUAUUCCCUCGACUACUGCCGAACGCGUUUGGCAAAUGAUGCUAAGGCUGGAAAGAAGGGUGGGGAACGUCAGUUCAAUGGCAUGGCUGAUGUGUACAAGAAGACCAUUGCAUCUGAUGGUAUUCAGGGACUCUACAGAGGAUUUGUUAUCUCCUGUGUCGGUAUUGUCGUCUACAGAGGUUGCUACUUCGGCUUCUAUGAUACACUGAAACCAAUCAUCAUUGGAGAAGGUGGCAGCUUCCUUGCCUCAUUUGCCCUUGGCUACAUCGUCACAAUCAGUGCUGGUCUUGUGUCAUACCCAAUUGACACCAUCAGAAGAAGAAUGAUGAUGACUUCUGGAGAGGCUGUCAAGUACAAGGGGUCCAUUGACUGCACAAUGACCAUCAUCAAGAAUGAAGGAUUCAUGUCAUUGAUGAAGGGCGCUGGUGCUAACAUCCUGAGAGGUGUUGCUGGUGCUGGUGUGUUGUCCGGAUUCGACAAAUUCAAGGAAGUCUACGUUGGCUGGCGUUUAGGACAGCAAAGCAAAUAGGAAAAUAGGACAAACUAGAAAAACUGAUAACACUCCUGACUGUAUUAUUGCUGUGAGGUACUGAACGGCAAAAAAUGCGGAAUUCUUUACAUCGUGCUACCUUGCUGGUCAUGUGAUAAUAAAUGUAAACUAGAUUUGUAUUUCACUUGUGUGUUUAAAUUAUUGUAAAGAUAAUAUUGUGGUUUGAUCUUGGUUUUGUUGAGACACAUAGAAUUGAAUUAAAAAGAGUGUGUAUACUAGUA